UAGGGCUAGGAAGGGUUAUACAUAUGAUACGGAUUAUUCUUCUGAGUCUGAGUCCGAUUCAGAGGAGUCAGAUGAGGACGAUAGUAAUGCUUUGCAAAUUGCUCUUCGGGACAAGGAGGAGGCGCUUGUGCAAUCUGCGCUUGCUCGGAUUCGCCGCGCCCAGGAAAAGGGAAAAUCACAAGUGAAGCUUGAUCCAGAGGAGCUGGAAGCUUUGCAGAGACGACGGCAACGUAUGCAGGCGGCUGCAAGCACUAAGGGCAAGAAAAAGAAAGGAAGCGGUUCCAGCAGCGGGGGUGAACGAAAACGGCGAAGUGAGCGGCAGCUCGUCUCGGUGCCAGUCGUGGAGCCCAAAAGUCGUCAAAAGGGGAAAUCCAAACGGUCAGAGGAGCCUGAUCCACGUCCUUCAGGACCAGCAGCAACACCGGGUAUGCUGGUUGCUGGGGCAGAUGGUAUCACAUAUGCGCCUUUGGGAUACUAUCCACAGGCAAGUUCAAGUCGCAACUCGCCUCCUCGACCGCGCUCCUCGACAUCUCAGAAACAUCACGGCACGACACCCCCACAAUUCGCAUACCAAUCAGGACAAGCCCGUCAUUAUUCUGAAGGCACGCGACCCACUUCUUCUUCAAGCAGUGGUUCUAGACGUCUCCUACCAGACGAGGAGGACUGGGUACCUAAUUCAAGACGAGGUUCUGCCUCUUCACAGUCUCUCGGUCUGGACCCCUUUGAAUACCAAGUCGACGCCGGCCAUCCACCACCAAUUCCUCAGCAAUACAUCCAAGGCCGACGCAUUGUCUCUGUACCUACCGAAGUCGCGUACUCCUCAUUGCGCCGCAGUCCACCGAUCGGAAAAAAAGGGCAAGGGGAGAUGAUGGGAAUUUCUUCGCAAUUGCAUUUGCAUUACUGAUAGGGAAUAGUUUUUUAAUAGAUCAUUUCACUGGGCUCAUU